ACAUCAGUAUCGAUCUCUCAUCCUCACAAGCCCACACACAGAUGAUGGUGGACUCUACACUGGAGGAAAUGGGCAGGCAUCUCAGCGAGGCCAUUCGGACCCUUGGAGAUGGACAGAGGGAGCUGAAAGGGACGGAGACAUGGCACAACAGCAGAUCCAGCAUCCCCAGACCCCUGCAGGGAGAUGGCCAAGAUGUUGCCAGUAUAUUACAACUGGUCCAGAAUCUCAUGUAUUUGGAGGAGGGGGAAGGGGAGGACAAGCCAAUCCACAGUAUGAUACAGAAUCUAGACAAGCAGGGUCAUAUGGCAUUGCUGGGUCAUAGCCUAGCAGCAUACAUCUCAGUCUUGGACAGUGAAAGGCUUCGAAAGCUGACCAGACGAAUCCUGUCGGACACCACACUUUGGCUCUGCAGACUAUUCAGGUACGAGAGUGGUUCAGCCUACUUCCAUGAAGAUGAUAGGGAGGGCCUGGUGAAAGUGUGUCGGUUGGUGAUCAAUGCCCGCUAUGAGGAGUAUGUCUCAGAGGGGUAUGUUGUCCUUAGCUCCGCACAGCCCGUCAUUUACCUGAGCGCAUCCUGCAGGCCUGGUCUGGGACAACACCUCUGCAGCCAGCUUGGUUUGCCUCUUUCCAGUCUGUGUACAGUCCCAUGUAACACGGUUUUUGGAUCCCAGCACCAAAUGGAUGUUGCCCUAUUAGACAAACUUAUCAAAGAAGACAAGGAGGCUGGGAAAGUUCCUUUGCUGUUGAUAGCAAACGCAGGUACUCCAGAUGCAGGUCAUACAGACAAGCUUGGUCGUCUGAAGGAGCUGUGUGAUCAAUACACCAUGUGGCUCCAUGUGGAAGGGGUCAACCUGGCAACCCUGGUACUAGAUCAAGUCUCCUCCACUGUAAUGGCAGCCACCACAAGUGACAGUAUGACACUGACACCGGGUCUGUGGCUUGGACUGCCUGCUGUGCCUGCUGUCACACUCUACAGACAUGAAGACCCAGCACUGUCUCUUGCAGCAGGUCUGACCUCCAGUCAGCCACUGGAGAAGCUUCGUGCCCUCCCACUCUGGUUCUCUCUCCAGUAUCUUGGACAUAAUGGCAUUGUCCACAAGAUUGAACAUGCCACCACUCUAAGUCAACAGCUGUUGCAGAAGCUAGAAAGUCUGGCCUCAAUCAAAACACUGGUGGCAGAUGACCUCAGCUCUCCGGUGGUGGUGUUCAGAUUUGCUGAGGAAGUUAAUACUAUAUCCACUGGGGAAAGAGAACUACUGGACACCUUCAACAGAUGGCUGGGUAAACAACUAGCCCAGCUGGUGCCUGCCAGUGGAGUAGACGUGGUGGAAAUGGAGAACGAGGGAACUUGUGUGCGCUUUAACCCUCUAAUGGCUGCAGGAGUCCAGGAGACCCAGUAUGGGGAUGUGGAGGCACUGAUGGAGAGGCUAUCUGAACUGGUUCCUGUCUUGAGCUCCACAUUGCGCCUCAGACAGGACUUCAAGGUGGAGGCCAAUCGACACUUCCCGUUCCUCAGCUACAUAGAAGACCUCAGCUGGCCCGGCCUGGGUGCUUUUCGGUAUGAGCUGCAGUCUGAAAUAAUGAUCGAGAGCCAGAGAGAGCAGGAGCUGGAGAAGAUUAAUUGUGAGCUUCUCAAAAAACUGCAAGAUCUGGACACUGACCUUAGCUUCUCCCUCGGUCCAGAGUUUACGACAGUGAAGGACUGUGUAUUUGUGGGAAUGGCAACAGAUGACCUUAAUGUCUUGGAGUUAGUGGACACAGUGGCUACCCUGGCAAGGGAGAUUGAGGACAGUGGAAGGUUGCUGGAGAACAUGACGGAGGUGGUGCGGAAAGGUAUCCUGGAAGCAGAACAACAGCUGCAGAAAGCCAGUGAGGAGAAAAUAAUGGAGGAGGGACUGUUGAGACAGCUUCCACUGGUCAGCUCGGUGGUAAACUGGUUUUCUCCUUUUCAGAGCUCUGUGAAGGGUAGGACCUUCAACCUGGCUGCAGGAUCCCUGGACUCCACAGAGCCCACUUACCUUUCUAAAUCCCAGACACACGGACCCGCCUCACCUGACACCCCCACUUCUUCAAUGAAGGCACUGACAGGUCCAAGGUUAUUCCGGCAUUCCACAGCAGGAUCCGACUGCUGCGGAGAGACAGACUCCAUCGCACCAGCUAAGGAAACAACAGACAAGAGUUGUGCCAGUCCUGAGAACACAACCUCCUUACCCACCUCUCUCCCUUUGCUUGAGAAGGAGUUGCCUGAUGCCCCCCAGGUAGCAAAAAAUAAAAUUUUGCAGUCAUCCGAGUCUGAAGAAAUGCAGGGGGAGAUCAACAUUGGUCCUGAAAAGAGGAGGCCUGAAAGCCAAAAAGCUGAUGACACCGGCAGAUAGGACAGCCCCUACUGCAGAGGUUUCUCUAGCCAACUUCAUUACAGGCACCAACCCAACAGAUGUUGAACAGAAUGGGUUUAUAACAGUUUAAAUUUCAACCGUUUCAGAGAUAGACCAUUUCAACAGGUCCAUCUCUCUCCAUACAACUGCCCCUAAAAUAUGCUUUUCCUCAAAAUUUGAAUGGAAAACUGACUGAAAUGAGUUGAGAAAUAUUGCACUUGGCUAAGUUAGAACUAUUUCUUUCCCAUUCCUGUUUUUUAAAACUGCAAUAUAUUGGCACUGAAGUGUGAUUAAAACGCUAAAUCACAUUUUUUUUGAGCUGUUGACAUGUCCAGAUGUCUUCUGCCUGAUGAAAUCUUUCAAAACCAGACAUAAUUUUCACAUUGGCCAAGAAACCUUUUCCAAACUUUCAGUUUGCGUGCUGCCCUAUAUCAGUUGAAAUUUUCACCCCUGCUGCAUUGCUGGCCACAACCUGAUUGGUGUGGUGGAUUGAAAUUUCAAGGUAGUUUAAUGUCAGUGGGCAGAAAUGUAAAAAAAAGCUUUCCAACUGUCAGUCAGAGGUGAGUGUCCACACCCCUAAUUUUAGAGAUACACCCCCUCUCCCACUUCUCUCAAGACAACCUGAAAUCAUGAAAUAGCCUUUAGAGGAAGAAUGAAGGAAUAGAGAUUUUAAAAUGGUAUCCAUUCCAGUUUUGUGGGAUUAUUUACACUGACAAUCAGGCUCUCACUCAGGCUGCUAAAUAAUCAGAUAAGCACGGGAGAAACCCUGUAAGACUGAAAACCAGAGAUUUAGUAAACUGCACACUGUACUUUUGAGGUUUAAGGAGCAAUAUGAAUGGUUCAGGAUCAGAUUGGGCUUUUCCAAACAUCACUUUCUCCACUCACUGUAAUGCUAGAGAGGCAAUGAAGUAGUGAAGUGACCUAAUAUUCAGUAAUAUGACUGUUAAAUCAAAUGUGAAUCUAGACUGUAUAAAUCAAAUGUAAAUCUAGAAUGUCUAUACUGUAAUUAGUAUAUACGUGUCUCUUUUUCCACUCUAUGUGUGUCAUAUUUGAUAAACGUGAAAUAAUGUGGAAAAAGGGGAAGUAGCUCUAUCUUUAUGCUGGCCUGUGCUGGUGGCCAGAGGGGGAAAAAAGUUUUUGAGUUUGAUAUGGAAAAAGGUUUUGUCAGCAAUGUAAAAACAAAGCAAGAUGCUUACCAAAAAGUGACUUUUUGUCACAUGGAACCAUUUUCUUAAAGAGCGCUGAGCAUUUGUUUGUUAAUCUAACCUGCUCUGGACUUGAUUUCAAGGGGUUUCCUUUGAACAUAUUUGCAGUAGAUUAGAAGGCACAACAACUUGUGGAGCAUGCUCUAUGGGUUCAACAAAUAACUACUUUGGUCAUCAUUAAAGAAGACCGUUAUUACAAUGAUUAAUUGAAUAACCGGCCUUACAUAGGUUUUUGGAUUUACAGUUGAGAAGAAAAGUGAGCUGUCUCUUCUAAACCAAAGGCUAAAGGCUAAACCUUCAUGUUUUAUCAGUAACCCGUAUUUAUUAUUUUGACAAACAAACGGUUUUCUAUAUGUAAGCAAUGAGGUCCAUGUAGGAUUCCUCAACAUCUACUCGGGAAAUUUGUUUUAAAGCUGAAAUCCGUGACUGUUCUUUCUCCCUUAAUGAAUCGUUGUUUCGUCCAUCUGGACUAUGAAGCCAGGUUACAUAAUGCUAACUGGCGUCUUACCAUGGCUGCAGACGCUCUCCAGUCUCUGUAUACUGCUGCUGAAGUUUUCUAGUCAGGUUGCACCAACUGGUGCAGUGGCAAACACGUGUGCGUGUUGGAAACGACUCAAGCAAGUAAACAGAUUGAGACCUGAUAGUGAUAUGGCAAUACUUCUGUUGGACAAACAAUGAAUAUUAUAAUAGAAGAGUGAUACAAUAUACUUUGAUUUAGUUUAUAAUAAAUUAGAUUGCCUGUAUCAGCUUUGGUCCAAGGAUGCCACUUUUCCAAGACUGCAGGCUGUUUACUGGUUAACUGACGGCACACGGAUGCCAAAGGCUGCUAUGCCAUGUUUGUAGUCUGAGAGAAUCCGUUUCAACAGGUCUAUCUCUCUUGGCCUCCUACAUUGAACUAUGUUGGAGCAUUGUUCUUCUGUAAUGUUGAUUGUCUGUCCAGUAGACUCGCUGCAUCGACAUCAUGUUUAAAAUGGAUAGAGUAGUGAGAAUAGUUGUGGAUUGCUGCUUUAACGCACCAAGUCUAAUACACUAAACAUGAAUUGAAAGAUAGAAAGUUUAGAAAAAAUACUAACCACACCACUGUUGAGGCAUGUAGUCUGGAAUUUAUUCCGUUAUGGUAUUCUUGUCAUUUACUGUACUUUGGCCUUUGUUUUUUGUUUAUGUUUUUGAAGGCCCAGUAGCAGAUUUGUCAUCACACAUAUCAGCCAUUUUUGUGAAAAAUAAGGAAAAAAAAGUAGUCAUGCCAAAAGCAAGUAUUAACAUCAAUUGUUAAUGUUGUGCUAUAAUUUUUCAAAUUGUUAGCAUUGUUGAUAAUAUUAAUAGAUUCACCCCUAAUUCAGUUGAUUCUGUUGCUGCCAAGAAUAUUCGCUCUGAAUGUGUUAUGUGAACUUAAGGAUAGCUUGGUAUGCUGUGGUAUUCAGUCGAGAACACAGGAGAAAUGGAAGUGUGAUGGCUACAAGCUUUCAAAUGUAUUAAUGCUGGGUUGUUUCAAACAAACAAAACCUUAUCAGCAUUCAGCUGCAAUGUUAUUGCCUUGGCUCUGUAAGAGCAAUAAAGCCUGUGCUGAAGCACUCGCUGUACAAAUAAUUAAUCAACUACUUUUUCAUUAAAGUGUAAUAUGGUAUAAGACUUAUUUAAAAACAAAUGAUUAAUUUAUUUAAUUUCUAUUGUGUGAUCACAGUUUCAAAAAAAGGUUUCCUUACAUGCACUACUUUAUGACAUAAUUAUAACUUGUUACUUGAUAUGAUGAAACUUUUAUACCGUCCUGGUUCCCUUUUUGUUUUGUAGCUAAUUGGCAGGGGCUUUUAUUGAUUUGUGUUGAUACACACACAGUGCCUCAUCAGUAUCAUUUGUCUUCAAAAAGAAUGUUUCCUAUAGUCAAUGUAGAUUCUUUUCUACUGUGCCUCAGCAUAGAAGCAUUUUAGUUCAAUUUGACUUUGUAGUUAUUUAACCUUACACACAUACACAGUGAAACAAAACUCUUUGUGUCAAAAGCAAAAAUUGGUGCAGCACAAACAAGAGCAACACAUUACUAAACGGUAGAAAACAAUGUAAUUAAUUAUUAGUGCCAGAGGUAUAACAGUGCGGAUACAUAAAAUGCAACUGUUGAAGGAUGUAGGCAUAAAAUGACUGAUGCAUGGAACAAGUGCAAAAGGGGAUGAUCUUCAUUUGCAAUCUUUGAAUGUAUUUGAGAUUCACGUUUAGCAUUCUUGGGGUGAUAUUUAAGGAGUAUGGGUCUUCAUUUUUUUAAAGAUAUUUUGGACAGUUUUUUGCCUUUAUUUGACAGAACUGUAGCAAUGGAUAGGAAACACGGGGUUAAAAGGAGAGGGGAAAAGUUCCUGCGGCCAGAUUUGAUGCGGGGAUGCUGUGAUCAGGUCUGAGUCUCCAUGGUACAUGCAUGACUGAGCUACCAGGUUUCCUUUCUAGGAUUUUAUAACGUCUAUACACCGGUCAUAGUGGGAGUCAAAUACGGUCUUUUAUUGAGGGUCUUUUAUGGUUUGAUUACUCCUUAGUCCUAGUGUACCUGUUAGUCUGAAUAGAGUACUUCCUUAACAGAGGUAUUCCAUUUGUCUAUUAAUCCCAUGAAUAUCUGUUGAACAAUGCUACUGAAUUUGUUAAUAAAUUUAAUAAUAAAUAACUAUCGAAA